AUGGAACCGCCAAUUGAGGAACACUCCACCAUUCUGAAUGACCUUUUCAAGGCGUCAGAAGCCAUAGUUAGAGAAUCUUCGAUCAAAAUCCCAUUGUUGGUUGCCAAGCCUCUUAAAGUGGCGGACGCUCUUUCUAAAAUUAGGGCAAAAGCAAUCACAAGAGCCAAGAGACAAAACAAUAGUGGCACCCUACCAAUUUGGGGUAAAGAGGAGGAAAAGAAGGAAAACACCUGCUUUAGCGUUUCAUCCGAUGAAGAGGACAAUGCUACCCAUCGAGAUUUCGACAAAAAUGGGAGACUAAAAGACCAUGGUGAACACACGUAUGCACAAUCCUUCUCUGAAAGGCUUGAGGAUCAAACAGAUCCAAGCAGCGACAAUUAUGAGGCCAGUGCCGAAAACCCCGCGUUGAACAGAGUAUAUUCCGAUCCUAUCAGUUCAGGCGAAGAAAAUGAACAUCCGGACGAUCAGGAACAGAGCGAAGAAGAGGAAGUGGAGAAUAGUCUCCCUGCUAUGAUUGGCGCCAAUCAAUCCGUUGAAGAGAAAAAAGUAGAUCCAUCGGCAGCGUUUAAAAAAGGAAAUUCGGCAUACAUAAAGAUGAUUGCCUCGGAGCUGCAAAAGACAGCCCGGCGGUCAGCAUAUGUUGAUGAAGAGGCCGAGGAGGAAGGUGUGGAGGUUCCCAACGAUUUCGAUGAAAUUUCGCAAGAAGCAGGGUUAGCUUCUAACUUUAUCAGCGAAAUUCAAGACUUGAUCGACGAUGAGGAGGAUGGAAAGAACGAUGGAUCGUCAUUGCACCAGUCGAUGUUUGCCCGGCAAAUGAUUUCAGAGUCCCUGGAAGAAUCUGAGAUGAUUGCCAGACUUUUGGAAGAAAAAAAGCAAACGCGCCUAUCUAAUCUUGCUCUUAAAAGGAAGUACGGACGCAGGGCUGCUACUAGUGUUGACGCGCAAAAAGAGGACAAUCACCGGUUUUCAUCUCCGAUGGCCGUUUUGCACGCUCUGUCUGUCAAUGAUGAAGACGAAAAAGAAAGCGAUGUUGAAGAUCCGGAGCUUUUGGACUUUUUGUCAUGGAGAGAACAGAACAACGUCGUGGACACAAACAAGGGGCAAGAAAAGACCCUGCCGGCAGCUUUGUCGACAGGCGGGCCGCGGUCUUUUGCAUCAUCUGCAACCUUGAUGAUAUCAACGGCUGCAGUUGGGACCAAAAAAAGAACAUCCGAGGACAUUCUUAAACGGCUGGGUGCAUUGGACUUUGUUUCCUCGACGGGCGGCCAAAACGCAAGCUCAUUUACUGUAAAAAAAUGA